CACCCAAAAUUUGGUAUCCUUCAAAAUGUCUUUUCUUUUAUCUCUCGCAAACUGGUUGGCCUGUGUUUUCUUCUAUCUUUCGGUAAUUUUAUAUAGUUGCUGAUAACAUACUUUUUUGGAGUUACAAAAGCACAAUGAUUAUUGAACUGUAAAGGUUGAAAGAAAGGAAAGAAAGGAGAAAAGUAAAGAGUCAAUGAGAAAGAAAGAAAGAAAUUCCGCGUUUUGGACACCAGUUCUCCAUAGAAGCCAAAAUUCGCGUCAGUCCAAGAUUUCUAAACAUUCCCCCUUACCUAAACCCUAUAUAUGCUUCACUCCCAUCUUCUACCACAAAAUCAACCCUCUUUUUUCUAUUCCUUCUUAACGUUAUAAGUCUAUGGGGAACGCUAUUUCUUCUUCUUCUUCUUGUAUCUCUAACGGUGUAAGUAUUCGGAACAUUUUGAAGAGAAGAAAACCUACGAAAACAGCAAUUCUGUUGGAGAGUGGUGGGAACACUCGGGAGAUCAAGCUACCAGUGAAAUCGGGGGAGCUAAUGAUAGAAGAAUUCGGCCACGUCGUCACUCCGUUGGACGAACUCCGUAGAACGGGACGGGUUUCUGCUUUGUUGCCCGAAGAGGAGCUUGUGGCAGGGAAGGUUUACCUGCUGUUGCCGGUUAGUAGGGUCCAUUCCAAGGCUUCAAAGUUUGAGAUGGCCAUUGCAGAGGCACAGAGUAGCCACAAAAAGAGGACAAGGGGAACCAACAUGGCUAAGGUUUCACCCUCACUCAUUUCGAGGUCAAGUGAAAACGAAGUUACCGUUUCCCCUCCUCGUUCUGGGAAUCAAGUACGAUGGAAUCCCGUUUUGGAUACUAUCUUUGAAUGAUCCAUUUUGCUGAAUGAUGCCAAGUUCAUAAUUAAAACGUGGAGCAAUGCUGACAAGGCAUUUUGUUCAAAUUAAUUAAAAUUUAUAACUGUUGGAUUUCAUGUACAAAUAGUGUUACUAAAACUCCUCUUGCAAAAAGAAAAAUCUCCACUUUAGUAUUGGAUUAGAGUGUGGAGAUCCAGUCCGGAAAUCACUUUAGUGGCCCAAAGUUUUAAGGCUUAAAGCCCAUAUAAAUAUAAGCCCCAUUCCCAUCAGAAAAGGUUGAGGGUUUUUUUCAUAUGUUGCAAAACAUGCUUUUUUGAAUAAAAUUUUCUGAACAAGUUUUUCAACACAUAAAAUUGUGUUUUGGAACAAAUUAUUUUCUCUUUUUCUUCCUCUCAAGGAAUACAGUGACAGUGGAAUAUAAUAUAAUA